UUUAAUAAUUAAGAUGUGAUUUUUUUUUUUAUCAAAACUCUGGUAUCAGAACAGAUGUUUUUACAAAUCCUCAUAGUUAUUUUUUUCCAUCCACUGUUCAUACUAUUGCAGCAUCCUGUUUUUAAGGCAGUGGUAUCAAACUUUUUAAUCCAACAGGGACUUCUGGUAGACUUGAAACAAUUGACAAAUAAUUAGGUUGUUUUCAUCCUUUCCUGCUGCACCAACAGAUUAAGAAGACUGGGGAAUCUCUUGACCCAUCUGGGAAAGAAAAGGAAGCAAUACACUGCUUCCCUGAAAAUUUUCUUCUACCAAGGAGAAGAGGAAAUAGGAAAAGCUUUCAUAGACCGCAGCUGACAAGCAAGAGCAGAUACUAUCAGUAGAACUGAAUUGACCUUAAAAAAAAAUUGGAAAAAAAGGAAGUCUAGCUGCAGGUUUUUGAUACCAGUAGAGGAGAACAGUGGACAGCAUGUGAACGGGGGUGGAAACUAAGCAAUGGAAGAAACCUUUAACUAGGAUUACAGUGAUAACCAAGUAUUAAGAGGGAUGAACAAGGAGGGAAUGAGGAGCAGAUGAAAGCAGGAGAAUAAAGCAAGAGCAAAUACAGAGAGUAUAAAGGCAAAUCAUUUUUCAACAUUGAGGUAGCUAAAAAUAUAUAGGUAUAAGUCCAAUCUUCCUAUUAGUUUUUCAUGUAGGAAAUUACGAUGAAUUGCUAUAGAGAUAGAUUUGUAACUGUGAAACAUAAGAGGGUGUCCACAACCCAAUACUGAUAAUAAGAUUCAGACUAUUUUUUAAUCAUUUUUAAUCUAUAUAAACAGAUUAUAUACCUAAUUACAAUGCUAAUAAGAAACAAUUUGAAAAUACCAUUUUUACAGCAUGAAAGUAACAGAAGAAGGAUAUGUUGAAAAAGAAAGUAAUGUUUUAAUAAUUUCCAACUUUGAAAGUAAUAUUUUAAUGAUCUUUCAAUUCUAAUAACUUCUGGUAUUAUAACAAUUUUUAAUAGAUCUACAUUUAGAAAUGCUAAAUCAAGAGACCUUUUAAAACUCAACUAUAUGCAUAUACCCAUCCUUUCUUUCAUCAUACAGAUGAACCAGUUAGGGAAAAGAUGACAAACAUUCCUUGUUUAAGAAAAACUAAUUUGAUCAUUUUAAUCUCUUAAAGUUAAAAUUCUCUUAGCGCUUUAUUAUCUUAAUUUGACUUGUAGGUAGUAGGAUAGCAUUUCAGUUUGACAAUAUCUGUUUUCCAACAUAGAAAUUUUCUGAAUGAUAGUUACUAUUUGCUGAUUACACAUGAAACAUCUAUCUUAAGAGCCAAAUGCUGUAGAUAUUUAACAACUAGAGCAAUUUAGAAAGUGCCAAAUUAAAUUUAGCAAGGAAAUUAAACAGAAAGUGUAUAACGAAUCAAACUGGAAUAUGGUCAGGACAAAACCUCCAGAAGAUUUGAGUUGUAUAUCUCAAGACUGCACCUGCAUAAGCAGAGUAUAGCUUGCUACUAAGCUAAUGCACUACAUUUAAAAAAUACCAUCCUUUGAACCACUAAAAGUAGAGAGGUUUUGUUCGUGCGAUGUAAGAACGUUGUCUCACUAUCUUCUCCCUUGUUUCUACUGUGGUACCAAAGCAAAGGGAGUAGUACUGCUACCACACGUAGAUGUACAAGGAAGAAAAUUUUGAAAACAUGCCUUUUUUCCCAGGUUGCCUUUACACUAAUGAUUAUUAACUUUUAUUCAGUGUAUAAUUUGUAAACUUUAUUUUAUCUAUUUUUGAAAUUAUAAGAACUUACGGAUGAUAUAAAUAAUAAUAUAGUAAGGUGGACAAAACAUAGACAAGGGUUGUAAACCUGCCACAAAGUUUAUACCACUGACCAACCUGUAAGCUCAUGUUAGAAAUAGUGGCAUGAGAUUUCUACUAAAUUUUCAUAGGUCCUGAAAUAUUUCCUAUAAGCAUAUUUCUUGUAUCCUAUUUUUCAAAUUGCUUAGGUGUAAAUAUAAAGCAAAAACCAUUCCAAUGUGGACAGUGUAGCAUGAACAUUAUAUGUUGUGUUUUGUGCAGGAAUAUUGCUAGAUUGGUAAAGAGCAUCUUAAAUUCUACAACAUGUGAAAGAAAAAAGAGUGGAUGUCAGUAGGCCGAUUAAAGGUAGACCAGUCACGAUGCUCCAUGGAAUUAAAUAUACUAAUCAGAUUCUGAGCUUAAGGGACAGAAAUAGAAAAAGAAGUGGAGCAAGACUGCAAAUAGUGUUGUUCCUUCUUUUAUCUUUAUUUUUCAUGUAUGUAAUUUUAUUAACUUAGACUGUUCAGACAAACCUAACAUUUUUGCAAAGCAUUUGCCCAGGUAAGUUGAGUUAAUCAUUAUUUUUCUCUUUUCCUUUAACUGUUAAGAGUUAAUUAACUAGUAGUUCUUUUUUUGCUUCAGUGAUUGGAAGGAUAUGUGUAUCCAGCACAUCGUUCCUGACUGGGGUUAGCAGUGCAGAAGUGGAUAAGUGCAAAGGAAAAAAAAAUUUGAAUGUGUUAUCCUGUUAAGCCAUAGCAAGGCAACCAGCCCAUCCUUCAUUAGCUUAGAAAACCAGACUAUUCACAAACAGUCCAUAAUAGCAAGUGAGGAUCUGAAAAAAAACAAAAACUUGACUCAUAGUAACAGUAAGUAUAAAUAUCUUUUUAUUUUAAAUAACACCCCUAAGUGUCGGGUAGUAUUUUAUACAAACUUAAUUGCUGUAAGUCAUCAUAGCUUUUAUAAAAUACAGAAUUUCUGUAUUGUUUUUACACAGUAGAUGCAGUUUAAAGAUUUCAAAUUAUACUUAAGUAUAUAGUUUAAGUUUGUGAAUAAAUAUGAAUUGGUUCCUAAAUAGAAGGGAUUUUUAAGAUGGACUUUAAAUUCCUAAAACUGUAUCUGUCAUCUUAUUUACUAACAGGUAGGGACUUAAAAUGUAGUAAUACAUAUUUUAAGAAUUGAAAGCCUAACUAAACAAACUUCAAUUUGUUAUUUGUACUGUCUUUAUCUGCAAAGACUAUUUCAGAUGUGGACGGUGAGGAAUGCUAUGUUAAGACUACAGGGAUAGUGUAUAUUAGUCAAUAAGGAAUUUUGCAUACUGUUGAACAGAGAAGCUUACAAACUCAAUUUGCAGCACUUAAAUAAGCAUGGAUAGGUUGGGGAGGGGGGGCCUACAAUUUCCUCAUCCUGCAUACAAAACUAUUCCAAGAAAAGCAGUUUUCCUUUCCCUCUUUAAGGAGAGAAACAUUCUACCACUGGAUCUCUCCCUCACAGUUUCGUGAGGAAAUGUAAACGUUUUCUCAACACACCUACACUGAACUAAAAACAAGCCUAUGAAAUCUUAAACGCUCCCUUUUUUGUUAUUCUUUGCCCAAAUAACUCCUGUUCUUUGCAAUGUAAAUUUAUUUCCUCUAGAAAGUGACCUUGGAAACUGCAUAGUUGGAAAAUAAGGUGGGAUGUAUUCUAAGUCUCCCCAUUAUAGAGAAUGGAAAUCCAGUCCUUGAAGCUAGGGUCAAUUGUUUUUCCGCACUGAACUUCAUAGGAAAUGAAAGAUUUUUCUCAGUCAUAAUUUAUAUUCUGUAGUCACAGACACUCUCAAAAUAACUAGCUAACUCAUUUCCAAAGAAAAUUAAUUGUGACAGUAUAGAACUAUUACACAGGUUUCUCUUGUUAAGCCGAAUUUCAGGUGACUUAAAAGAGAGGUUUUAGAUUUACACUGUUCUAAUUAUUAACAAUUAUGAAAUUCAAAAAACAACCACAGUUUGAUUUGACAACGGAUUGUAGUACUCUGUUGGUAGUACCAUCUUUUACCAUAGAAUUUAUAUUUCCUAUUAUUGGAAACAGCAGUGUGUUACAGUGAGAUUUCUACUGAUUUCAUGUCCUUUUGCCACAUCACAUCUGAAGUGCAUUUCACCUACCUGUUCUUGUGGUCCAUGCUUACAAAUUAUGAUUUAUGUGCCAAAACAAAAACAAAUUAAAAGUGACUGAAUGCAAGAUAUAAUGCCAAAUACCAAUACUGCAAACUCAUUGACAAGAAAAGGACUGAUCCAGCUCCUGUUCAAAUUGGCUGUUUUUCCAUUGGCCUCAAAAUAGGAACAGGAACAGUCCAACAGUUGAGACAUCUAUGGCAAAUUAUGUUGAGAAUUUUUUUUUUUUAACAGAAAUUUUAUUAAGGACAACAUGAUUUUAUCCACUAUAAUAGAAAUACAAUGCACAAUAAACUAAGCUGUCUAGGCCAGUUGUAAAACAUUUUUUUAAUACACAACAUAAUAAAUAUACGCACAUCCCAUUAUAUUAAACUGAAAAAUGUGAUCAGUAACUUGAAGUAUUCGUUAUACAGAAUUCAUGGUAAAAUUAUCAGGUGGUUUGUUUAUGGGCCACUUUUACAGCAUAGAGGCUACCUGGUUCUCCUUUUCUUUGGUAUAUAGAAAACAGUGCAUAUUUUUAAAUAAGGGUAGAAAUGAACUACUUUGAUGAAGAAAUGAAACAUCUUCAAAAUACAAAAUGAAUGUCUAUCCUUUAAUAAUACAUUAUUUAUUCUUCUUGUGGCCAAGGACUCAGAAUAAUUAAACAGAAAGCAAGAUUAGCUUAUUAAGUAGGCAGGAGCUUUAAUUUAGCUUUGUAAGAAAAUGAAGUUUAGAAAUGGCUUCGGCAGAAGUUAGGAAUUGAAACCUGGACCUAUACCUUGUCUUCUCUCCCUAGAAAGGCAGAAAUAUACAUGCAUGUACAAACCCAUGAAAGCUGAACUAUAAUUUUUGUAUGAAUUUGCUGACAUGUUCAUUCUCAGUAAAAAUUAUCUUGAAAACAGUUGACUGACUGCUACCUUAUUAGUCUUUUUGUAAACUAAAGCAAAGAGCAAUCUGUGUGCAGGGAAAUCUUUUAAAUGUAAUAGCCAGAAUGGUAUACCAGCUUUUCCUCUAAAAAAAAAGUCAAUCAAAACCUAUUUCACCCUAUAUCUAGUGCCACUUAAUGCUUUCUAAGAGUCCAAAAUAAUGCAAAAUCUUAAUUCCAUGGAGUUUGGAUUUCCUGAAUUUGCUCCUUUAUGGUACAAGUGAUGUUCUUAGUUGCUUAGACGGUAAUCUUUCCUGAGAAUCAGAAAUAUAGUAGAAAUACUAGUGACUGAUGUUUGCUUAUCUUUUGGUAAGCCGAAAAAGCGAGAUCCUGAUUCGAUGUGGUUAUUAAAAAUCCUGCAGCACAUUUCAUGAAAUAAAAUGGUUAAUCACUGGAUCUUAGUACAAUACCAGUUGCUGAGUAAUUUCACUUAUCCACACUUUUCUAGGUAUUUAAUUUGGAUGUGCUAUUCUCAUAUCUAAUUGGGUACUGUCAGAUAACUACCAAGUUCCAUCUGAAUGGAAGCUGAUUCUUUGCAACCACACAAUUCAUGUAUUAAUUAAUUUUGUGAAAUGCUUUAGGGUCCUAUUACUCCCCCAUAUAUAUAUGAAUGGCUUCCUGCUUCUUUUGUUUAUUCUGCAGAAUGAACAGACAUUCUAAACAUUUUCCAAAGACAUUUUGGCCUGUUUUUGUCUGUUCUCUGGAAAACAUACAGAGGAAAUGAUAAACAAAUGAAAAUAAGAUAUAUAUCAGCUGAGAGAGAGAAUAAAGAACACCACUAAGACAGAAGACUGGAACCCAGAUGCCCUCAGGUUUUAAAAAUGAGUAGAAAAAGAAGAAAAAGCUGCAAGGGCAGAAAAAGCUCUGAUUCCAGAGAAUAUGAACAAUUGCCACCCAUUUGUAAAUGCCAGCAAAAUCUAGAAAGCCUUGAAAAUAAAGUAGAUGAUGAGCUGUCUCACUUCUCUGAGCCGUUAAAUGUAAAGCGUUCUGAAGAAAAUGGAAAAGAUCAUGAAAAUAAGAAUCAGAGUAGCUCGGACGCAUCUGAAGAUAGAGACCUUGAUAACAUAUCAGAUAGUGAAAAAGAAGGAAAGAAGGAAAAGAACUGCCCUCCUCAACCGUUCUCUUCUCAGCAAAAUGAAAUCCUAGCUACAGUAACUUUUGGUGAGUCAGACGGUUCAUCAACAGGAAAAAUUACACUGUGGGGCAAACCAGACUCUGCAAAGUCCAUUAGUUUGGCUACUGGAAAAAUUACUGCAGAAGUAAAAUACGGUUCAUUUAAUAUGAAAGUUGAAAUUAAGAACCUUUCUUUGUUUGGCACUGGAACAAACCUUGUAGUUGAAAAAAGGAAAAGUUCAAAGAACAGUAAACGCUGUCAUGAAAGACGAUACCAGAAAAGCCAGUAUUCAAAAUAUCCUAAGUACCAGUGUCCUUCAACUAACCAUUCAGUAGAUGACAAUGAGAAAUAUAAGGUAUCCUCUAAACAUAAAAUCCAAGCUGCUACUAACAAGGAUGCCUCCCUGAAAAUGAACAUUGAAGGAAAAGAAAUUAAAGUGAAAUAUACCAACAGAAAGAAAAAUCUGAUGGUUAACAUCAAACCUAGUGAACAGGUACAUAGCAAAACCUGCAACGCUGACCAUGAAGUUAUGUACUGGAGUGAAACAGAUUACUCUGUAACAGAGGCACCCUGCAACACAGAUUGUGAGUCAUAUUUUAGCCUUCAUGAAAACGACAACCAUACAUUCCUGGAUGGGUGCGUACUUCUCCCUCCACCUGAAGAGUUUGCUGACUAUGACAAAAUGCAUUUGGAUACUAUUACAGAGGGGGUGUCUUUGUACUCUGAGAAUGAGAGAAGAGACUCCAACAGCCUCUCUGCAGCCUUGAGAAUUUGGGAGGAAGACAAUUAUUUCUGCAAACGUAACAAAAAGGAGUAUAAAGACCACACUAGUGAAACGGAAUAUUUUUCAAAAGAUAAAAUAAUUUCCUCAAAAAUGAAUAAUAGAAACAUUCUAGAUAGUAAUACCUUGAAUAAGCCAAACUUUGGUAAGGCACUCAUCAAUAAGAGCAGUGGAACAGGUCAAGAAAGAAAUAUCAGUGACAACAGCAGUGACACUGGACAAAAAGCAGCAAGAAGAAAGUCUUUCCCAGAUACUACCCUUGAUGUACUAUCACCAGUUCAUCCUAGAAGGGAUUCUGGCUUUUAUUCAUUGCCGUCCUUAUCCUUAAAGGUAUUAUCUAAGGAGGCCAAACCAGGAGAUGUUUACAGCAAGAACCCACACACUCAUAGCAGCGAUACAGAACUUUGUAAGUGUCCUGACUUCACCUCAUCACUGAGAAGUUUGAGAAGUCUUAAGUCUUCAUAUCAGUAUGCUUUCACCUCCUUUGAUCAUAAUAUUACCAUUUAUCCAUCUGAAAGUCUAGAUGAUACUUGUUUACUAAAUGACUAUACAAGCUAUAUGAGGCAAAGUGAAGAAACAGAAGAAACAUUAAUAAAGACUCUUCAUUCCAGUGAUGCUAUAAAUGAGAAACGAGAAAAUAAAUAUGUGGCACCUCUGAGAAACCUAGCCAUAAGGGAAGAAGACAUGGAGCCUACCAAAAGCACUUUAGAUGAAGGGACACCAGUGUACAGUCAUUUAGAAAAGCAUGCAGAUUUGCAGAGCAAAGAUCAGUUGAUACAGGUCUCUUCACCUCCUAGAAGCCCAUCAGGUGACCUUAUUACUGACAAGGAAAGUACUGAUGAUGCGGCUACCGAAUGUGUCACAAACCAACUUUUAGCUUUACAGCCAAAUGUUCAGCUAUCCCCUGCAGAGCCUGCAGUAACAAAGAAAAGGAGAGGAUCAGUAAUGACUGUAAUAACUGGUGAGCUAGAACAAAGACUCAUCAUCCAAGGUGACAACAAGUUGAUACCAAAUUCCUGUGGCCCUGCAGUAAGAAAAGAGCCUAAACUUCCCUGUAGUAUACCAAAAAAAUCCUUGCUGUCACCCUUGCUAUUGGACCCUGAGGAGCUUGACACGGAGAAUGAGUUAGAAAGCUUGUCUGAGAUACAGGACAUAUCUGUGAAUAUCCUUGAUGAAGCUAAUUGCUGUAAUGAUUCAGCACAGGCUGCCACAUUAUCUACCUCUUCAGCAUACACAGAAAAGAAACAGAUUUUGACAGAACAUUCAUAUAUCAAGGAAACAACUGAGAACCUUUACAGCAAACAAUUAUCUGAUGAUAGCCUAAGAAGAGAGCCUGGAGCACAUCAGUCACAUCAGUUAGCCAAAUCCAACUCUGAUGAAGCUGAUAAAAAGUCUGAAAUGAAGGAAGAUUUCCAUCAGAAUACAGAUAUCACCACUUCAUCAAUAAAACAGAUUAGUCAGAAAGACUUGAAAUCAGAAGUGAAUAAGACCAGAAAGUUACCUUUGUUGAAAGACACCAGAGCCAGCGAUAGCUCCCAGGAAGAAGCAAUAGACCAAUGGGCCAGGAGACGGAAACAAUUCAAAGACAGCAAAAAAUGCAGUUCAACUGGAGGAAGCUCCAUAAACAGCACAAUCACCGAGGGAUCAAUGAAUUCAGAGGAUGCUCGGUCAAUAGAUCUGGGACUACAUUCUGAAAAUGAUGAUAGAGGUUUCUAUACAGAAAACUUUCAUUCUGCUUCCUGGGUUUUCAGAGGAGAUGAUGUCUCUCCCAAUAAUAGUCCUAGAUGUCUCAGCAAAAGGCCUAGACCAGUAGCAAUUCGUGAAAGAACAGUGAAGAUCGCUAAAGGAACUGGCAAUUACCCCUGGGGUUUCCGAAUCCAGUUCUCAAAGCCUAUCCUUGUGACUGAAGUUGACACAAACAGUACAGCUGAAGAAGCAGGGCUUCAGGUAGGGGAUAUUCUGAUAGCAGUCAAUGGAACGGAUGUCACAAGCAUGCCACAUUCAGAAGCUGCAAAUCUGGCAAGGAAAGGUCCUGAUAUCUUGACUAUGGUGGUGGGAUCCGAUAUCAGCCGUUACCCUAACACUCCCAGGCCCACCUGUCGGGGAUAUUUGCACAAACGAACACAGUCAGCGAUACUAAAGGGAUGGAGGAAGAGGUGGUUUGUGCUGAAACAUAAUGGCCACCUCCACUAUUACAAACACAAGAAGGAUGAAGGGAAAUGCAGGCCCCUAGAAGUAACAAAGUUGGAAGGAGCGGAAAUUGGUGUUGACACCAGUCUGGGUAAACCAUUUGUUUUUAAGUGCAUACCUCAAAGUGGAAACAGGAUUUUCUACUUCUGUGCAACUUCUAACCAAGAAAUGAAGAGGUGGCUGGAGGCUAUGGAUAAAGCGGUGCAUCCUGUGCAUCAGAACCAUGUCUGGGUAGAUGUCACACUGCAUAACACCACACUGCCACCCCUGGCUAUCAAGAACCCGGAGUGCCUCGGGCUCCUCCACCAGCUGGAGGGAAACAAGGACGUCUGGGUUCAGCACUACUGCAUCCUGAAGGACGGCUGCUUGUAUUUCUAUGCCACUCUUCGCUCCACACCUGCCCAAGGUGGCCUUUAUCUACAGGGCUAUAUUGUGAGUGAACAGUCUCUGGGCUCCAAGAGAUCUGUAAUUGAACUCAAACCUCCAUCUGAAGAGUUUAAAACCUUCUACUUGUGUGCAGAGAAUGUGAAUGAAAACAAAAGGUGGAUUACAGCUUUAAAAGCUUCAAUUAAUAAAUGGUUACCCCUACACCAGGCGAUUCAAGAUUUCAUGAACAGACCACUGGAGGAGACAAGGAUGUGAGAAGAAAGGUCAUUUUCCAUCAAUUUCUGUUUUUCAUUAAAAAUUUCAUGCUAUGUCUUAUAAUGACUCAUCUUAAAAGAUGCUCUAGCAACAGGUAAUCUUUAGCAUUGCUAUAC